GGAGUCCUUGGACUGUUUUCCUCUGGUUUCCCAUCACCUGGCUCAGUCCCAGACCCUGUUUAUGUGUGGUCCAGCCACUCCUAGAGCAGCCACCAGCAGCUGUACCUUUCUACCCAGUUCAUGCCCCCAUGCAUGCCAGAGGAUCCCUCCCCCGCCCAGUGUAAACCACCCUUGGGAGGGGCCCUGUUAGGGGGACAGAAUGGUGUUGGAAGGACCAUUCUGCCCAUUGUGACCCGCCCUGACCUCACAGUCAUCCUUCCCACCACCAGGUCUUGAGAGGUUGGGGGAGACUAACCUGGCAGGGAGUGCCCAAUGAGCCACCUCUCCUCACCCCCCAAAAAACUUAAGGGGGAGCACAAAGGCCACGGUCUCCCCCGUGGUUCAGAAAGGGGUAGCUCCUCCCGGGACAAGGACCGUAGUGCUACGGUCAAUAGUUCAGUGUCCAUGCCUGCCGGAGGGAAGGGAAGUCGUCCCAGCUGCCCCCCAGCUACACCCCAGAAAGCCCCCAACCGCCUGAUCAAUGAGAAGUCACCAUACCUUCUACAACAUGCCUACAAUCCUGUGGACUGGUACCCCUGGGGACAGGAAGCCUUUGACAAGGCCAGGAAAGAAAACAAGCCAAUCUUCCUCUCAGUGGGGUACUCUACCUGCCACUGGUGCCACAUGAUGGAGGAGGAGUCCUUCCAGAACGAGGAGAUUGGCCGCCUGCUCAGUGAGGACUUCAUCAGUGUGAAGGUAGACCGGGAAGAGCGGCCCGACGUGGACAAGGUGUUCAUGACGUUUGUGCAGGCCACCAGCAGUGGUGGGGGCUGGCCCAUGAAUGUGUGGCUGACUCCCAACCUCCAGCCCUUUGUGGGGGGCACCUAUUUCCCCCCUGAGGAUGGCCUGACCCGAGUUGGCUUCCGCACAGUGUUGAUGAGAAUACGGGAUCAGUGGAAGCAGAAUAAGAACACCCUGCUAGAAAACAGCCAGCGUGUUACAACGGCCCUGCUGGCCCGUUCGGAGAUCAGCAUGGGUGACCGCCAGCUGCCACCCUCUGCUGCCACCAUGAAUACCCGCUGCUUCCAGCAGCUGGAUGAGGGCUAUGAUGAGGAGUACGGUGGUUUUGCUGAGGCCCCCAAGUUUCCCACACCAGUGAUCCUGAACUUCCUGUUCUCCUACUGGCUCACUCACCGUCUAACCCAGGAUGGCUCUCGGGCCCAGCAGAUGGCCUUGCACACCCUGAAAAUGAUGGCCAAUGGGGGCAUCCGGGACCAUGUGGGCCAGGGCUUUCACCGCUACUCCACGGACCGCCAGUGGCACGUCCCUCACUUUGAGAAGAUGCUGUAUGACCAAGCACAGCUCGCAGUGGCCUAUUCACAGGCCUUCCAGAUUUCUGGUGAUGAAUUCUAUUCUGAGGUUGCUAAAGGCAUCCUGCAGUAUGUGUCCCGGAGUCUGAGCCACCGGUCUGGAGGCUUCUACAGCGCAGAGGAUGCAGAUUCGCCCCCAGAGCGGGGCUCGCGGCCCAAAGAGGGUGCCUUCUAUGUGUGGACGGUGAAAGAGAUCCAGCAGCUCCUCCCAGACCCUGUACAGGGUGCCACCGAGCCUCUGACCUCAGGCCAGCUUCUCAUGAAACACUAUGGACUCACAGAGGCUGGCAAUAUCAGCCCCAGUCAGGACCCCAAUGGGGAGCUGCAGGGCCAGAACGUAUUGACUGUUCGGUAUUCGCUGGAGCUGACUGCUGCCCGCUUUGGCUUGGAUGUGGAAGCCGUGCGGACCUUGCUCACCACCGGGCUGGAGAAGCUCUUCCAGGCCCGGAAACACCGGCCAAAACCACACCUGGACAGCAAGAUGCUGGCUGCCUGGAAUGGCCUGAUGGUGUCUGGCUUCGCUGUGACUGGGGCUGUCUUGGGCAUAGACAAGCUGAUCAACUAUGCCACCAACUGUGCCAAGUUCCUUAAGCGGCACAUGUUUGAUGUGGCCAGUGGCCGCCUGAAGCGCACCUGCUAUGCUGGCAAUGGGGGGACCGUGGAGCACAGCAACCCGCCCUGCUGGGGCUUCCUGGAGGACUACACCUUCGUGGUACGGGGCCUGCUGGACCUGUAUGAAGCCUCACAGGAGAGCUCCUGGCUUGAGUGGGCUCUACGGCUACAGGACACACAAGACAGGCUCUUCUGGGACUCCAGGGGAGGUGGCUACUUCUGCAGCGAGGCUGAGCUGGGGUCUGGCCUGCCCCUGCGUCUGAAAGAUGACCAGGAUGGUGCAGAGCCUAGUGCCAACUCUGUGUCGGCUCACAACCUGCUCCGGCUGCACGGUUUCACCGGCCACAAGGACUGGAUGGACAAGUGUGUGUGUCUAUUGACCGCCUUCUCAGAGCGCAUGCGCCGGGUCCCCGUGGCAUUGCCUGAGAUGGUCCGUGCCCUCUCAGCUCACCAGCAGACUCUCAAGCAGAUUGUGAUCUGUGGAGACCCCCAGGCCAAGGACACCAAGGCUCUGCUGCAGUGUGUCCACUCCACCUUUGUGCCUAACAAGGUGCUGAUUCUGGCUGAUGGGGACCCAUCAAGCUUCCUGUCCCGCCAGCUGCCCUUCUUGAGUACCCUGCGACGGCUAGAAGACCGGGCCACUGCAUAUGUGUGUGAGAAUCAAGCCUGCUCAAUGCCCAUCACUGAGCCCUGUGAAUUACGAAAACUGCUACAUCAGUGACUGACUCCGAAGGGCCAGGGCAAAAGGUGGCACUUCCCAAGUGACCAGAAACUUAGGCCCACCAAGGCUGUGUACAACCUGCAGCCACCCCUGGGCACCCUGCCACCAGGUGACCUUGGCCAUCCUCACUGCUCCCCCAUGGGCACCCACUUAUCCUGGAAUAAAUUGAACAGCGUCCCGCAGUGA